AGGCCCCGCCCCUCCCCUCGCGGCGCCUCCCUGGCGGCCGGCAGGGAGCCGGAGUCUGCGCGGGCGCGGGCGCCGAUUUGGGCACGGACUGUGGGGAGAGGAAGCCCUGCUGAGCAGGCUGGAGGACUGGUGCUUGGAAAUGACGGAGCCCAGGGGAGAUGCACACCAGGUGGACCUCCUGACCCGUCCAUGAGGCGGGGCCCCUGCCUGGGCCUGUGCCCCUGGCUGGGCAUGCGCCUGUCCUUGCGUAAGGUGUUGCUGGCUGCUGGCUGCGCACUGGCCCUGGUGCUGGCUCUGCAGCUCGGGCAGCAAGUGUUGGAGUGCCGGGCUGUGCUCGGGGGCAAGCGGAGCCCACGGAGAAUGCGGCCAGAGCAGGAGGAGCUGGUGAUGCUUGGCGCCGACCAAGUGGAGUACCGCUACGGCAAGGCCAUGCCGCUCAUCUUUGUGGGCGGCGUGCCUCGCAGCGGCACCACCCUCAUGCGCGCCAUGCUGGACGCACACCCCGAGGUGCGCUGCGGGGAGGAGACGCGCAUCAUCCCUCGCGUGCUGGCCAUGCGGCAGGCCUGGUCAAAGUCUGGCCGGGAGAAGCUGCGGCUGGACGAGGCAGGCGUGACGGAUGAGGUGCUGGACGCCGCCAUGCAGGCCUUCAUCCUGGAGGUGAUUGCCAAACACGGCGAGCCAGCACGUGUGCUGUGUAACAAGGACCCCUUCACGCUCAAGUCCUCCGUCUACCUGGCACGCCUGUUCCCCAACUCCAAAUUCCUGCUAAUGGUGCGCGACGGCCGGGCCUCCGUGCACUCGAUGAUCACUCGCAAGGUCACCAUCGCGGGCUUUGACCUGAGUAGCUACCGAGACUGCCUGACUAAGUGGAACAAGGCCAUCGAGGUUAUGUAUACACAGUGCAUGGAGGUGGGCAGGGACAAGUGCCUGCCUGUGUACUACGAACAGCUGGUGCUGCACCCCCGACGCUCGCUCAAGCGCAUCCUGGACUUCCUGGGCAUCGCCUGGAGUGACACAGUCCUGCACCACGAGGACCUGAUUGGCAAGCCUGGGGGCGUCUCCUUGUCCAAGAUCGAGCGGUCCACGGACCAGGUCAUCAAACCCGUGAACUUGGAAGCACUCUCCAAGUGGACCGGCCACAUCCCGGGCGACGUGGUGAGGGACAUGGCGCAGAUUGCCCCCAUGCUGGCUCGGCUCGGCUAUGACCCAUAUGCAAACCCUCCCAACUAUGGGAACCCUGACCCGAUUGUCAUCAACAACACACACCGGGUCUUGAAAGGAGACUAUAAAACGCCAGCCAAUCUGAAAGGAUAUUUUCAGGUGAACCAGAACAGCACCUCCCCGCAUCUGGGAAGUUCGUGAUUUCCGGGGCUCAGAUGCCUGAGUUGACGUCGUGUGUACACGGAGGCCAGACGAACCCAAGCACAUGGAUUGCUUCCUCUCAGUGGUGCCAUUGGUCCACAGAGGUGGGUGGAGCCUUCGUCUCCGUGGAAACGGACUCAGAAACUCUGCCUUCGGAUGCUUCAGGGUGGACGUGGAGGAGCAGACUACUUCAGCUUCAGAAACUUAGGAAUUUUCUAUUUUUUCCUCCUUGAGAACUUUUUUAAAAAGAAUUGAAUUUGCUACCUUCCCUGAUGGACAAGCCCCCUCGGUGGCCUCAUUUCCCGGGACAAGACCCGUCCGUGCGUGACAGGUCCCUCCCGUUGACUUGGACUCUGAACUCAAAGGAUUUAUUUAAGAGUUUAAUAUAUGGGCUUUCCUCCAUCCCGUAGUCCUACUCAGUUUCACAGAGAAAAGGAAUCAAUUAUUUGAAUAAAGUAAACAGGCUGCUGUCUGUGCCUUACU